AUGGAAAGCCUCUCCGAGAACCCAACGCGGGCUUCGGAAUACCUGAACGAGCUGAAUAAGAUCAUCGAGACGCAGCAGGAGUUGUUGGAGAGGCAGAGGGGCAGGAUCGAGGACCUGGAGCAGCAAGUGGCCGACUUGUGCACGGAGAAUGUGUGUUUGAAGGAGCAGUAUCAACGGCACCUGGCAACGUGCAGGAUACAGCUGGGGAACAGCCUGAGCGCGCUGGGGGCCAUCAAGGAGCACAGGUAA